AUGAAUCGUGCAUGGAUGUAUGGUAGUCGUGACACAUGUGAAUUCGUGGAUGGGUUCUUUGAAUUUUGUGAUGAUGCAUUAAGUCAUCAGGCUGCAACGAGAACUGAGGGGUUUUAUUGUCCUUGUGUUGAUUGUGGUAAUGUGGGUAUGGUUAGUAACAUUGGGUCACUGAGGGAGCAUAUCUUUCGUCGCGGGUUUAGGCAAGACUACCAUGUAUGGGUUUGGCACAGUGAGGAGGGUAUAUAUGAUGGUGGGAAUGCCAUUGUUAACGAUGUGCAUGAAAGAGUUGAGUUUGAUGUCAUUGAGAAUGAAAGGAACGUCGAGGACGAAUAUGAGAAUAUUGAAGUAGAGGAUGAUGAUGAUGAUGAUGGGGACCAUAUCGAGGAAAUGGAGGGGGUGGAUGAUCAUGCUGGGAAACAACCUCGUAUUUUUGAGUGCAUGGCCGAGGCGUCUCAAAAACCGUUGUAUCCCGGUUGUACGAGGUACACCAAGCUGACGGUCGUGAUAACACUCUUUAAUAUCAAGACGAAAUCCAGUAUAAGUGAAUGUGCUUCCACUUCCUUGUUGCAAGCAUUUGGUGAUAUGUUGCCGGAGGACCAUAAACUACCCAAGUCGAACUACUAUGAUAAGAAACUGAUGUGUCCCUUCGGUUUGGAGUACCAGAGGAUACAUGCUUGUCCAAAUGAUUGUGUGCUAUAUCAAAAUGAAUAUGCGAAUAUGGAUGAGUGUCGUCGAUGUGGGAAGUCCCGUUACAGGCGCAUAGGGUUUGGUGAUAAGAAAGGGCCUCCAACAAAGGUGAUGUGGUAUCUUCCGAUUAUACCAUGA